CUUCACUAUUAGCUGCAUGAUUUUUUUUAAAGGUUUUUCUGACCAACCAACAUUUUCAUUUUUAUUUUCAUUACAUAAUGUGUUAUCAAAGCACACUGAAACAAAUAUACACUUAAAUAUUACUUUCUUGGACACCCACAAUACUCUGAUCCUGGUAGCGCUUUAAUCAUGGGUGAUUUAAAAGAAAAAAAUACAGAUUUCUCGGUUGCCGGAAUAAAACUGUUCAAUUAAUUUUACGGCCUGAACAAUGCAUUUUUAAUACCUAAUGCUUUGCCAACUCUAGCCAGAUUUAGCUACAGCGUUAAACAAACAUCUUGGUAGAACAACUGCUUAAUAUCUAGUCAUUUCUGUGUUACAAAUAUUUAGCCAGUAGAGGGCACCAGAAAACCAAAUUUCCACUAUAAUCCUGCCCUUGUUAUAGAAGAGAAAAAAAAAAGGCAUCACAAAUACUAAAGCCCAGCUUCUCAGUCAGAGAAACUCAAGGUCAAUGUAUGAUUUAUUGCUAUGAAUAAGAUUGAGUGUUAUUUUUGGAAUAUGUGGCUCAGAGGGAAGAAAGGUAGGUAUCUUCUGGGAAACUGGUGAUCGCUUCUUGGGAAGAUUGGAUGCAGAGGUAUUUCCAAAUCUCCAGCACGUUAACAAGUGAGUAGAUUCGAGGUUUUUGGAAGACUUAACAUGAUGUGAUGUAUUUUAGCCUUGCUGUGAUAUGGACUUGGAUGGGGGCAGGGUGAAAGCCUGGAGUACGGAUGAGACAUGAUCUGUCACAUGCUGUUAGUGUAUCCCUAGAUGUAUCAUUGUUUGGAUGAUACAUUCUUACAUUGGAGUUUUGGAAAUAGACAAAUCUGAACACAGCUAUUCAGUGGAGCUUCAGUUCUUGGAUACAAGGGGUCUGCUUGAGGGAUGUAGCUUCUUCCCUACCAAGUUGGUCAGGGUCUUGGACCAGCCAUCUGGCCAUGAGGAAUGAGAAGUGAAGGACAGGCUUUCCAACAAAGAUUUCUUCUGAUAAGGUUAAUCUACAGCUUGAAGGAUAUUCCUGCCGUGACCUUGGGACAAGCUCUUUAAUUUGUGGAGAUUGUAGAGGUGGAUGUCCUCCGUGGCUGGUGUGGCAGGAAUAAGGAAUUCAGAGAGGGACAGGGGAAUACUAUAGAAAUAGGUCACUUGCGCUGGAUGUCCCUCUGCUGCUAUCCUAGAGGGUCUGUCAGGUGACAGUUUCCUUAGGUGACUUUUGGACGACGAGCAAGGGCUGGGGGGUUGGAAUCGUCUCCUGAAGUCAUGAUUCACCCUGGUUCCUUUCCAAAUUCUUCAAGCCCACCUGCACUGUUUACCUGCUACAGUCAGCUGCAUGAGGUCUUGAGCGGUGUGGUAGGUAGUCUAUCUGGUAUGUGCGGUGUCUGUGCUGUGUGAGUGUUGUGUUAUAUGUGCGCUGUGUAGUAGGUAGGUGGUAUGGUAAGUUUGCUAGGUGGUAGAUGAGUUUUGUGAUAUAUGUGCUGAGACGUAUGUGUGCUGAGAGGUGUGAAUGUGUGCUAGAUUGUGAUUUGUGAUGUGUGGUAGAUGUGCUUUGAUAUAGGUUUUUUGUGUGGUAUGUGUACUAUGUGGUAUGUAUGACAUAUGAUUCAUGGUAGGUGUACUAUGUGGUAGGUGUGUGGUGGUAUGUGUGUUGUGUGGUAGGUGUGCUGUGUGGUAGGUGUACUGUGUAGUAUUUUUUUAUGUGGGGUAGGUGUGUUGUGUGGUAUCUGUAUUGUGUGGUAAGUGUGCUGUGUGGUAGGUGUACUGUGUAGUAUUUUGGAUGUGUGGUAGGUGUGCAGUGUGGUAUUUUCGAUGUGUGGUAGGUGUGCUGUGUGGUAGGUGUUCUGUGGUAUUUUUGAUGUAUGAUAUAUGUGUGCUGUGUGGUAGGUGGAUUGUGUAGUAUUUUUGAAGUGUAGUAAGUGUGCUGUGUGGUAGGUGUGCUGUGUGGUAGGUGUGCUGUGUGAUAUGUGUGCUGUGUGGUAUGUGUGUUGUGUGGUAGGUGUGCUGUGUUGUAGGUGUACUGUGUAGUAUUUUUGAUGUAUGAUAUAUGUGUGCUGUGUGGUAGGUGGAUUGUGUAGUAUUUUUGAAGUGUAGUAAGUGUGCUGUGUGGUAGGUGUGCUGUGUGAUAUGUGUGCUGUGUGGUAUGUGUGUUGUGUGGUAGGUGUGCUAUGUUGUAGGUGUACUGUGUAGUAUUUUUGAUGUAUGAUAUAUGUGUGCUGUGUGGUAGAUGUGCUGUGUGGUAGGCAUGCUGUGUUAUGCCAGUGCUAAGUAUCAUGUCAUGUUACUGUAUAAUGUGCAAUGUGAUUUUCAUAAAGAUUUGUAUAUGCACCAUUUUAUGCUAAGAGAUUAUCGUUUGUCAUGUUAUGGUGCCUGCUGUAACCAGCAAAGCAGAUUUUGUCAGGAACAUGCAUUUCUCUCUACUUUAUUGUAAGUUGGUCACAUAUCCUAUCCUGCUCAGUAAGCAUUAGAAUGUCUCAGUGUGUAAGGAGUUAUGGUGGAUAGCAGCUGCAAUGAAAGAUUUCUUGAAAUUCUGUAUUGUGCUAAAUGAUUUGGGCACUCUGUCUGACUUACUGACAGGGGAAAAUGGUGUUUGUGUAGAGUUAAAGGUAGCUUUGGGAUGACCUGUCCCAGGAUCAACAAGAAGUGCACCAGUUUCUGCUGGAGAUAACUUGCAUUGCAGGGAAGAAGUCAUUGCUCUGUGUUUGUGUUCUGAGUGAGUGUGUAUAUGUUACACACAGAGUUGGUAAGACAACUGGGAUAGGAGGAGUAAUAGUGAAGUGACUUCUACAGAAGUAAUAAAAAUGCCCUUCAUUUGAUCAGGAAGGGGUUAAUUCUUCUCUCCGCCCCUGAACAGGCUGAUCUCUGGGAGCCAAACCCACAUGCUAUGGUAUAAGGGAGAUGGAUCUGUGGGAGCCUAUAAAACCCCUCAAAAAGAAGCCUUUUGGCUGACACUCAAACAUUGGCACUCAAAGAGGGCAAUUGUCCUGCAGGAAGAACUAACAGCAAAAGGGAAUGGCACAUGUAUGGGGAUAUGGUCCUGACAAUGGUGAGUGAUGGGUGCAAAUGUCAUGUCAGUGUGCUUCUAUACAGAGGGUUCCUGCUGUCAGAAUGUGCUUAACUGUGACAACCUAUGGCAUAUUACUGUUCUUUUUGUAGAAUGUUAAAACAAACUUGCAGCUAACGGGGCCUGAAGAGCUUGGGCAAACUGAGUGAAUUUUAAGAGUAAUUUAAUUCAUCGAUACAUACCUUGGGCAAUAUCUGUUUCAUUUAUAGCAUAUCGAAGCAUAGAUACAGUUAAUAUAGUUACUGUAUAGCAGCAAUAACCACGCUGACAAAUGUGCGUCUCAAAAAAAAUGGAAAAAAUUUCAGAUGCCAUUAUUUUAAUUGCAAUUCCCAACACUGCAAUCUGCAAAAGUAACUCACCAUGUUAAUGUACAGGCUGCAGUAAUGAAUAUACCAGGCUCCUCUACUUGUAGUUGAAAAGCUGCUUUGAAAAGUGAUACCUUCGCCAGAUACAGAUAUAUAUAUACACACAUACAUACACACGUACACAUAAGAGUGUGCAUAUUGUGAAUGCAUCAGCCUCUCUCCAUGCAGUUCCUAAAAGUGUAAGAUAAUUUUUUUCCUAAUUAUUUUGGAAUUUAUUGUCUAAUGCAUGAUUCACUAUAGGAAAAAGGUUUGUUGCGUGAAUGAUGAUCUUGCGUUCCUUAUUUUUCCAUGUUUGACCUUGAAAUGUAUAAAGUGACAGCAAUGCAAUCUGUUUAUUUUAUCCGUAGUAGUUCUUCAAACUUCCUAUUUUCUAUUCGAUCUUAAAUUAUUCAUAUCCAAUAAAGCAGUGUCAUUAGAUAUCAUUCUAGGUACAUGACAUCCCAACAUAUGGAGGCAAAGCAAGAAUGUAUCCUGAAUCAGUUAAUAUUAUUAGAGAGUUUGCAUUGCACAUUGCUCCGGCUAAUCCAGUAUUAACUUUGAAAUAGGUACUGAUUAAACGUUAAAAAAACAUUUCACGACAUGUUAGCAUAUUCUGCUGGAUUUGACCUUGUGGAACCUUGACAGAUAUGACAGGUUUCUUUGCAAUGUCACUACACUGGAAAAGAACAACAUUUGUUGAAUAUAAAAACGACGACUGCUUAUAAAAUAGACAUUAAUUUUGUUGACUGUCUCAAUGUUCUAACAUACCUUGUCUUGGUAUUAGACAUAUUGUAUAGUGUGUACUUGUAAAGCUACGUGAGAACUAAAAGCUAACUGACUUUUAAACUCUUGAAAAUAGUAACCCAUUGAUAAUCGUUAACAUAAGUUUUGCAUGAUGGACUGAUGUGUUUUAAAUUUUGCCUCAAUUUUUAAAUUGACCUGGCCUUAGAGAUAGAGCAGGAUUGUUUAAAUUACAUUGAAGCAGGUGUUUCCUGUAAGAAGAACAGCAACUUUGACGCACAGUAUGGGGGGAUUCAAGUUUGUAUGAUGCCAAAAAAAUCUCACAGUGCAUGUUGAUGGUGAGUAAGUGUGACAUUCAAUAGAAUGAAUUGUGGCGAGAUGUAAGUAAGUUCCAAAAUUUAGACAAUAAUUAAAAAUUAGCUUAAAAACUAAAAAUCUUUCGCUUUAGGUGAACUGGAAAAUUUCAAAACUUGUGUAAUUGGCACAAAAUCCCUAAGUUAAGUUGGUAAUGAAUUGCUGCAAACCAUUUUUAAGGCACCCAAAAUGUUGAAUGAAUGUUGAAUGGUUUAUGUUACUACCAUAACUGGGUAGAGCUCCCUGCUUCGGUUUAGUUCUAUAUUUUCAGAUUUGAAAUUAACAACUUUACACAGAAAGACCACCUCUUUUAAAGCAUGUUUAAACUGCUUUCACUCCACUACUGGCAUUAAGAAUAACUUCAAGCUACAGUUUAUGAAAAGAUCUAAUUGUUCAUGUUUAUAAACACAAAAUAGAUGUUUCAGAGAAAUCUAACUUUUUUUAUCUGUCUCUUAUUAGGACCAGAUACUUGGCACCACUCUUUCCCAAUUGCCGAAGGAGAUCAUCAGUCCCCUAUUGAUAUCAAUACAAGUCAAGCCAAGUAUGACGCGUCUCUUAAACCACUCAGCAUCCAUUAUGACCCCUCAACAGCAAAAGUCAUUCUGAAUAAUGGCCAUGCUUUCAAUGUGGAAUUUGAAGAUUCUGAAGACAAGUCAGGUGAGUUUCCAGUAGAACACUGAGGUAUUGUGCUUGAUGGUUAAACAGAAGUCAUUCAUAGUCAAAGGUGACUGCAGGAACAUAAAUUCGUUAGCAGGCACAUUUCAAGGUUGUCCCUGUCUUAUCUACAGAAAAUAUGCUGUGUAAACACAGCGAAUACAAAUGUGCAGACUGCUACUGUAAUUGCAUACCCAGCUCACAUCACUGAUAUCUUAAUGCAGCAUGGAGAUUGUUAACCCUUCAACUUCUUUUCAAACGCUCUUUAUAACACAAACUUUAGAAAAAAGGAGAUACAGGUUGGAAAAAUCUAACUUUCAAGGUAAACGAGCAGUUACUUCAGUAGGGCAAAGCUGGGAUGAUUUGACAAGUGACUAGCAAAAUAUAGGCAAAAACAUAGAGUUAAAUACUAGGACGAAAAUAAAUCUAAGUUGUAAUCUUCAUUUGUCAUUUUCAUCAUCAAUGAUUGCUCCAAAAUAAACUGAUAAAACUAUUUCCGCUACAUUUAUCAGUUGCUUGUAAGAUCACACAACAUCUAAAAUGUCCUCAGGGUGAAGAGAGAAAAUUGAUCCCAGUUUAAUUAUAUUUGAUAUUUGGAAUGAAAGACAAGUGCAUAGGAGGUGAUACUGUACUCCUGCCAGUUGCUCUACUCCUGCCCACUUAAUUAUACAGCGACGGAAGGAAAGUAACUGUGAAAUCAAAGGAUUCUUGUACAUUACAAGCUUUUAACCCAGUUGCUCUUUUGGGAUGUGAUUGUAACAAUUGAGAUUGAAAAAUGCCCUGUCCCCAAGGCAUAAUUUCCAUCAAUUUGUAUCUGCAAGAUCAGUGUCUGUUUAAUGUAGGACACCCCAAAGUAGAUAAAAUGAUGCAAAUUAGAAGUAGAUCUUUGAUUAGCCCUGGAAAUGUUUAAUCUUCUGGUAAUAUUGUUUUGAUACAUUUCAGUUUAAGGAUAAAUUAAUGAUUAGCUUUCCUAUAAGAAUGAACACAAAUGCUGAAAAUAAAAUUUGCUGCAAAAACUGAAAAUGUGUCUUUGAGCAAAACUUAUUUCAUUACAAUGUCUUUACAAAAGAGAUCAACAACUUUGUGCGAAAAGAACACUUGCACUGAAUUUGGUCUCAAAAUACAUUUCUGCUUUAAUGGUAGAAACAAAUGCACAUCAGAUGCAUUUAUUGGUAACACUUCAUGAUCAUUAGGGUACUGUCAGAGGGGAAAAACAACUCGUAUCUGACCAAGACAUUGCCAUUUUUUAUGUGUCAAUAGAUUUGUUAUUGUUCAUACCAGAUAUGCUCAUUUUUUAUUAUUGAUAUUAUCAUUUUCAUUUGGUUUUUAUCUGCAUUAUGGGACCAGAUGAAAUUAUCGCCCCCUGGUACCUGCUGUAUCCUAAGGUACAGUCAAUGCAAUGAUUUCCAUUUCUACUUUUACAGCCAUAAAUGUAUAUGUCUGAUGUAGCAUAAUUAUUUCUUUUUUUAUUUUGACCAACAUGCUAAGAAUGUUUUGGAAAAAUAUUUGCACUACUUUCUUGAAAGUUCAUUCAUUCACCUACUUUGUUCAGUCAUCAAUCAUUAUUAAAGGGACAAUGUAGGUGCUCCAACCCUCUCAUCUUAUUGAAUUGGUGAUACAGUUGAACAAUGAAUAGUAGUUCAUGGUCAUGGAAAUCCCAGCCCCCACUGGAGGUAUAGCUGGAGGUAUAGCUUUGUAACUGCCUCAUUUAUUAUUAAAUUUCCCCCUUGUAACAUUGUAAAUCACUGCGUUAUAAGUUGGCGCUAUAUUAACGCCAGUAAUAAGAAUAAUAAUUGCUGCUUGGGCUAAAACCUUCUCAUUCCCCCAAGCAACUGAAAUGGGACCGGCUGCCUAUUACCUGCUUACCAUUACCAUUUAAAAAUGGCUUAAAACUAAAUGUAAGGACAGGGUCAGGGCACUCCAGGCACUAUAACCACUUCAGCGGAAUGUUACAGUGCCUAAAGUGUACCAUUAAAGACCAAGGUGGCUUUGUAUUGUCCCCAGAGAUAGCUACAGAUACUUAAUUUUAAUUUGUUAUAGUAGGUAUUGACAGGGCUUGUUCACUUGCCUCGCUUUUGUGACAUGGCAGAGAUUCUCAUUUAUCGUUUGUAGAUAAUGCCAUAUCUGACAAAUCGUUCACACUAUAUUACUCGGGAACAUUCUUUUAUUUAUUUAAUGUAUAAAAAAAAGCAAUCUGUUAAAUUGCCUUUUAGCAUUCGGUUAAUGACAUCAUUACCCUUCAUUAGAGAAACCAAAAUGCCCAAGGCACAUUAUUAAUUUGUUUUUCUAUUUUUCAAGCUACCAGAUAUGCGCCGUUGUUUACAACAUUGUGUUCCUGUAAUAUUCUGAAAGCUAUUUUGUUUAUUUAUUUUUUAUUUUUUUAUUUUAUUGUAAUGAUUAUUAUAUUGGGCAGUUUAAGGGUUUGUGUUCACUGGUAUAUAUCUAAAAAUAAUUCCUCUACCAUAUGUCACGGGACCCGGUUGCUCCUCUAUUCAAGUACAGGUAUAGAAUACCUGGGGGAAAAGAAACUGAAUUGGGAUUCUCCUACCUAUUUGUCCAAACACUUCUAGUGAUCUUUUGGAAUUUGUACUGCUGUCCUUCAUAAAGAUGCAGACCUAACUUGUGUAAAUAUAACAGAUGAUUGAAGUACAUUCAAACAUGGUUCAAGUUCUGAAGAUAUUCUGAAUGCUAUUAAUAACUAUAAAACAAUCUAAUGAAUAGCUGCUAAAAUAAUAUAAAAAAACAUGAAAACCCCUUAUCAUAUACAGCAUAAAACCAUUUAUGUUAUGUAAUAGUUCUUAUAUAGAGCUUUUAUCCAGAGUGCUUUACAAUUUAAACAAAAAGAGUGUUGGUCACUAUACAAACAGGUUGAUGGUGUGUAAUUGGACACACUGAUACACAAGGAGAAGAGAACUUUGUCUGUAGGCUUUAAACUCUGACGGUUUAGGUUUGUGAAUUUACAAUCUAGAAGGAAAACAUGAUAGUAUAUGUAAUAUGUAACAUAAUUCGAGAGGAUGCCAUUCAUAAUGGAAUUAGCUACACUAUGUACUAGAGUUAUAGAGUUUCCAGAAUUGGAAGUAGCUCUAAAAAUAUGUUUCCUGAAAGAAUUUUGAUGUUUGGAAAAGCCUUCCCACAUGAUUACACUGCGUAGGUUGUUGAUCAAGAAGGAAAUAUACUCAAGUAUAUGGGUGGUAGUUUUUUUGACAUAAGCUUUGAGCAGACUAGAAGGGCGAAUUCUGAUAUUUAUGCUGUCAGACUCUAUAUUUCUCUAUUUAAGUGUUCUGUAGCCAUGAGAACCAAACAACGUGAGAGAACCUGGAAAAAAUUGUUUACGUUUUAUCAGCUAGCUAUUGUAUAGAAGCUGAGCAAACAGCUCCUCCCUAGCAAUGAGUUGUCAGUAUAAAAAUGACUAUUCCAUUGAAUGCAAAAUCCAUCAUUGACUGAAAUGUUACAGGGGAAUACCUAAUGAUUGAACAGUUGCACAACAUAGGUGGUAUUGAUGAAUCAGUGCAUUGUAAAAUAUUUUUAACAUAUAGUAAAGUCAGUUGGGUUGUAACGAAACUGAAGUGCAGGUGUGGCUGUAAUAGAGGGCUUAUCUAAGGGAAGAAUUAGUCUGUUAGGAUCAGUUUAUCUAAGGGGAAAGGCCCCAUUCAACAUAGCCCUGCCUACUGGCUAGGUGAGUUUAUUAAAAAAAAAUUUUAAAAAAUCAAUUAAAAAUAAUUUUAAAAAAUAGGACACCUCUACAUUAUUUAUUAACCUCAACAAAUCAGUUGAAGGGCAGAUAUGAGUCUACAUACCCCUGCAAAUAGAGUGUUUUAGAAUGAUUUGCCCCUCUCUAUUUUAGUGAGGUAUUUGGGGGCCCACUUCAUUCCUAAUUUAAUAGUCCCUUACUAUUGUGUAUGUAGUCCCUUGUGUAUGGCUUUAAGGGAUUUUGGAACAACCACUUUUUUUGAUUAACAUAACACCAUAGUGUUAAAAAAACAUGAUGACCCCCUUAAAUAACUAGAAAACUCACCUUACUUUCAGAAUUGAUGACCUCAGCCAAUCACAAUGCAUUCUCAUAGGAAAGCAUUGGAUUGGCUGAGAUCAUCAAUUUUGAUGAUCUCAACCAUGUAGGAGGGGCAGGGGCGGAGCCAAACACCUCCCUGGCAAAUAAACAUUGCCUCAUAAGCAUCACUAUGGGGGAAAGUUCAACGUCUCCAUGCAGAGUGUGGAGACACUGAACGUCAGUGCUGCACAUUGAGCAGCAAUGACCCAUAAAGAAUUUCUAGUGGCUGUCUGAGGAGUGGCCACUAGAGGUGUUUCUAGGCUAGUAUUUCUAGUAUUUACAUACUGCUAGUAUUUACAAAAGUCAGUAGGGACUGAUUAUACACAACAGAACAACUACAUUAGGCUGUAGUUGUCCUGGUGACUAUAAUGUCCUUUUAAAUAUAUAUAUUUUUUUUAAUUGUUUGUGAAUUUUUCAUGUUGGAAAUGGCAAAAACAAACACAAAAAAAACCUACAAAUCCAAAACAAAGCCUCCAAAUACAGCUAUGACUUUUAGGGUUUAUUUUCCUAGAAAUUUAUUAAAAUCAUUACAAUCAUCACACAUGAAGCAGCAAUGUUCUGUUUAUCAGCAACUACAUUUGUAAUAAAUAUUUAGAAUCCGAGUCUUUUGGUGUUGAAAAUGAAUAUGCUAGAAAAAUAGAUAUGUUGUUCUUUAUAAAUAUAUUUCCUGGAAUGAAUGCAAUAUCAAUGUUAUAUUAUUAUAUAAAAGAUCAGGUUUAAGACUAUGAGAGUUUGCAGGAGCUACAUCCAGUUUUUUAAUAAAUGUUUUAUUGAUGUGUAGCAGAUUCCAUUCUGAGCUGUCAGACAAGUUCCACAAAGUCUUUCUCUGCUGUUUAAAUAUCUGAGUUGAGAGUCGGAGCAGGAUUGUGUCUUGUUAAAAUGCUGGAGCUUAUUUAUUGGGUUUUUUCUGUGGCAGGGAGUUCAUGUACUCUAGAGUAUUAUGUUAAGUGUACUUGAUAAUUACCUGACACCAUGGUGCUCCCUGGGUCUCAAGGUAAUGUUGAUUACAUCCAGCUUUUACCCUCCAUCAGUUACAAUAAUCAGUAAGUAAGUGUCCACAAAUACACAACUUGUCAAGUAAUAGUUCUAGUGUGCGUGGUUAAAGUAGUGGUUUGUGUUUUAUGAAAAAAGAUGUUGUAAUAUUCAUAAAUUUACCAUUUUAACGAUUUGAGCUGCUUCAGUUACCUUUGUUUUUACAGCAUUUUGUUUAAACUAGAAAAUACAUUUAUAAAGUCAAUGAUGAUAGGUGAAAUGAUUUACUAAAAUUGGCGUGAAUUGAAAAUGAAUAUAGACUAAAAUAGCGGAAUAAAAAUCCAGCACAAUUUUUUUCCAGUUUAAGUCUAUUUGCUAUUUUAGUCUGAAUUUUGCAAUUUGUUUUUUCAUUUCGCUACAUUUCACUGUUUAGUGAAUGAGCCCCAAAGUGUUUUAGAAUGCCUCUUUAUUUUAGUACUGUGUGGAAUGACAAACAUCACUACAGCAUGGGAUACACUGCAGUAAAUGAUUCUUUAGUAAUGAGGGGUACCACAGUGUACACAAUGAAAAAGCUCCACAGGCAUUACAGUGAUAUUAGGGGCACAUAGGGGAAAAUAUUUGUUACAGGUUUUUCCAGGGUGGGGAGUUUUGGUUACAGUGGCUGGUUAAACAAACGUAAGCGUCGGUGCUACCUGCUUUCAAGAUUGGUUGGCCCCUAACUCCUAUCAAACUUGGUCAGGCAUCACUUGCCUUUGAAAACAGGUCAGUUCAAAUAUGAUCAUUUAAAAACAUACCAGAGGAUUACCCAUAUUCUAAAUCAAUGAAUGAUGUGUUCAGUAGACAGCAGACGUAGAGACAUUACAGUGAUUUGCACAGUGGGCAGUCUACCGUUGAGUAGAUUGCCUUGAAAUGUAAUUACCAUUCCCUGAUGUAGAAAUGGAUAACCAUGGAUUCGAGGGGAUGUAUGUCUGCUUACAAAACAGGUUUACAAAUCAAUAUAUUUGCAAAAUAUCUCUCAGCUUUAGGAGUGCUGAAAUACUGGUUUCUCCAGAAGUGCUCCAAUUCAUUUGUAUUGUAAAUAGCUUAUUCUGUGUAUGCCAGUGCAUCUUUUUGGAGCACACUUGAAGCAUUAAAUCAAGACGUAAUUGUCUAUUUUUAUUCAUUAACCAAAGGUGAGUGAUGACUGUCCGGAAUGUCAUGCCUGAACUGGAGACAGUGACAGCGAAAACAAAUAUCAGGGUUGCAGUGCAUGGGAGGAAAGGGAUGAGUGAAUGAAGUGCUUAUGGUUAAGAACACAGGCAGUGCAGAACAUUUACUAAGAGCAUAUUUUAUGGUCAACUAUACUUUUUUUUUAUUGUGCGUUGAGAGAAAUACAUGCAAGCUCGUGGCGCCCCAACAGCAUUCCUCGAGCAUAUUUUCAAGCAUAACAGUAGGAGCAGUAAGAUAAUCAGCACAUUUUUGUAUAACAACAGUAGCAUAACAUUAAUAUUCGGUAUGACUGCGCUUUUGUAUGGUUGAGGACCCAGUAUCUGCCUGCGUUUACGGCCACAGUUAGCUAUAUAUUAAAUGGCGUCCAAAGACAUCCGUGUGGCUAGGCUACCUAGCUCUGCCUCAGGUUUGGGAGCCUCAAAACAAUCCUGCAUCAUCUUUAUGCCAUGCUGCACAAUAGAGGACUUAUGUGGGCCCACUCGGCUAAUGCCCUUUUUCGGCCGGUUAUUUAUUCUGGAUAAACUAGUGGCAUGGUGGUGGCUAAGAUAGUGAUUCCAGCGUGUCUGAGGGCUGGGCUCAUACAUUUGUGUUCAGAAUUAGGGUGCUAUUCCUGCCAGGCUUAUGAAACACAAUCUUAUACAUUGCAAGAUAUCAUAGAAAAUAUUAUUAGCUAAUAGAGUACAUCACAUGUCUGAGUUACUGCACUAUUUCCUUUGAUGUAGAUUACAUUACCCAAACCUAAGCAGACACAGAGUGGGGUAUUCAAUGGCAGGCUGCUAAUCACAGGUUAAUCCUGCUGAGAGAGGUUAUGGGCACUUAUGCAAGUUGAAGCGAUGCAAGAAAAGGAAAGUGCUUAAGAAAUCAUAUAACAUGGCUAAGCUGGUACAUAUAAAAUUAAACAAAAGUAUGAACUAUGUACACGCUGAGUGUGGAUAUCGGAUAUUCUGCUGACUGUUACAAUGUCCCGUGAAGAGGUUAAUUGUAUAGAGGUGGCCCCAGCUCCACAUGUCACUCGGGUUGAUCCCUUUCAGCCUAUGCCCACAGGGUUUACCGGACUGUCCAGCAUGGUGGUGACUCGCCAGGCAGUGGCUCUCUCGUUUGGUGGGGAGAUGCCUUGCCCCAGAUGUCCUGGGGAGCGGCUCAGAGGUGGCCACAGUGCUUUCUCCAUGUAGCCCAGGACAGGUGGUGGUACGUUGGCGUUCGGUACUUCACGGCAGUGGUGGGCAGGACGUCUGUCCGCGGCUCGCUGUCUCAGCCGGUAGUGUUGUUUCCGCGGCUUCCGUCGCUUUAGUGUAGUCGGAUUAAUGUGGGGUAGCUGUCGGCCCAUAAGAGGCCUCCCAGGCCGCUCCUUAUUGCUUACACGGUCUUCCUUAUCGGGCUCCCAUGUGGCCGUUGCUUGCCUUGCACGUUUGAGCAGCAUCGCCCAAAAUUUGUCGAUUAUGGCUCCCAGAGUGUCCGUUACAUUGGUCUUAGGGCCUGCUGAGACAGGUUGUGGCAGUAUCAGACCUCGUGUUGUAGAGCCUGGUGCCUCCGCCAUCUUGAGUGACUCCCUUCCCGUGUGGCUAGGGAGUUUUGCAGGGCUCACAGAAGCGUCCGCAACUGAGGCAGCUUAGGUCCUCGAGGACCGGGAUUACCCCAACCGGUCCAGGGGGGGGAGGGAGGUGAUUUGGGAGUGCUCCCUUGUCAGCCAGAGAAAUGGGAGAGCAGCUGUCUCUCCUCGGCUCCCACCCGCACAGGCCGCAGGUCACGAUUUGGUCCGCCCAGCACCGGAGAGCCAAGUGUUGGGUAUCUCCGGUUGCAGUGCAGUCUCCUUGUCACGAUUAUUGCGUUUAGCAGUCGAUGUGAUCGGGUGGUCGGGCGUUAGACCCAGAAUCUUGGCUCCAGACUCAGGAGCUCUCGACAUGCACGUCUAGUCCACUUGUUAGUCAGGCUCCGCCCCCCUACAUACUGUUUUUAUGUAUGAAAAGGUAAUACAUUGGAAAAACUUAGAAAAUAAAGUUUUUUUUUAUCACAGUUACAACAGUCCAGAGAGGAGAUUGCUAAAAAUUAAAUGAAUAUCUCCCAUUUUAUCCCAGGAAGGUUUGUAACCCCAUGAUUAAAAUGGUGAUGUGGACACUUUAUUAAAUAGUCACAUACUGUUCAAUGGACAGAGAUUCAUUUACAUGGGUGAUUUCAGUAUAAGGGAAAAGAGAGCAAAUGGCCCACCUUAGAUGUUGUCUUUCCUUAUAAUGGUUAAAUGGUGCCUAAAAGUGAAAGUCCCUUUAUGCAUAAUGACUUUCUCCCUCCCCCCCCUCCCCCCACCCACAGCAAAAAUGUUUCACAUUUGAAUGCAUUUUCCUGUGGAUUUUAAUAAAUAUUAGUAUUUUUUACCAGCUUUUUUAGAGGAGUCACAGUAGACAUUUGCUCUCUGAUUGUGACUGUUAUUUGUUACCAUUUUUAUUUUACAUUAAACUUCAAGCAUUCAGAGCUUCAAAAGGCCUUUAGGUAUGCUACCAGUUUCAGGGCCCCCAAACCCCAAUCUGACGUAAACAUUUAUGGCUGUAUUCGCUGCGCACCUGCUGAGGGGCUGCAUGUACUGGGAGACGCCCAAAAAGUCUUUGCCCUAUAAUCACUAAAUUGAACUAUCGAGGUUGUAAUGCUUAGCGCACUAAUUUAACCAAAGAGCUUUGUUUUUGACACACUGUUUUCCAUGUGUCAGUGAGUUAAUGGAAAAAGGGACAUUGACUCCAUGACGAGGUAACUAUCCCAUUUGUCCUGUGGCUGAGGAAGACAAUACAAAUUGGAUGUGAAUAACAAUAAAAGCAUAUUUGUCAGACAGGAAAUUUUACUUUUUGUCUUCUGCCAAAUACAGAUAACUUGCUCGUGGAAAAAAAACUGCACAUUUUUUAAUGUUCCUGACUGGCCCUGCAGGCUUUAUAUUCUCCUAUACUCUGCAUAAUUUAGUUGACUCUUUAUAAUAGGAAAGUUCAGUGGUUCAAUGCAAGGAGCGUGUCUUGUUUCCUUUCUUCAUAAAAUCUUGUACUAAUUCUUUUUAACACUCUUGUAGAAUCAUGCAAUUGGACUCUCGCCCUCGUUUAAUGUGUUAGGCAUUGCGUGCUACACAUUUUCACAUAUUCUUUUGUGUUUUAUCUUCUGCUGUACUUGGAGACUGUUUGUGUACAGCAAAUAUUGAUAUCUUAAUUCUACAAAUAGGUAAAAGGUAGAAACAAAAAGGCUUCCAAAUCCAGAGCAACAAUUUCAAUGUUCUGGGAAAAUGUUUCACUCUGUGGCAGCCAAAAGGAAGCUUCCCACUGUUUUAGAACUAUAACUAUCAUGAACUAGUGCCACUCUUAAAGGGACACUGUAGACACCCAGACCACUUCAGCUAAUUGAAGUGGUCUGGGUGCAGUGUGCCUUUUGCACUUAGUGCUGCAGUUCCAGAGAAACUGCCAUGUUUACAUUGCAGCUCUAAGUCUGCCUCCAGUGGCGGUCUACCAGACAGCCACUAGAAGGCUUCCUGGAUCGAAACAGACCUUUGGUCCGGUAUAUGACGCUGGACGUCCUCACGCUCCGCAUUCGGACAUCCAGCGUCAGAUUUUUCCCCCUAGGAAUGCAUUGAUUAAGUGCUUUCCUACGGGGAGGUCUAACGCAUGUGUGGCAACAACUUUUUAUUUCAAAGUAAUCCUAUUUCAUCUAUGCAAUAAAAUUAUUUCUCCACUUAGUUCUUCUAUUGAAUGAGAUAAUAGCAUCUGCAUAAUGCUGUCUUCAAAGUCACAAGUAAAAUUUCCUGCCAGUUAAAAUGGAAUAGAAUUAUCAUGAUGAGCCAUUCCACUAAUUAGCAAAAUUGUAAAGCAAGUAGUUUAAUUUUUCUAUGCAAAGCUAUCGUUUGCCUCUGCAAAUGGAUUAAGAAAUAUUCAGCACAAAAAGUGAUACAUUUUCUAAUGCAGCAGAUUUCAAAAGUGUUUAUUUAUUCAUGCUUAGCUGAGUGUUCCUUAGGAAAUAAUAACUUCAAAGCCUUUUGCUUGUCUGUUAUUAUUAUUAGUGAUAAUUUAAAUGUCUCCAGUUAAUAUAUAAUUACACUAAGAAGGCAACAGAUUAAUGGACAUUUAAAUUUAUUUGAAUCUGUACAGUAUUAUACUGGUCAAUCACUAGUAACCAAACAUGAUGAUGGUGUCACUUUAUAGAGAAUACAUUUCCCCUAUGUUAUACAUUGUGAAAGCCAAUUUAUAGCAUACGUAUAGGUGAAGCAUUGCUUUGCAAAGUGUCCUAACCAUAUUAGUCUUCACCAUUGGCAUAGUGGUAGAACAUCUGAAUUGCUCCUGGGAACGCCUUCUGGUUAUAUUCACUCCAUACACAUGGCCAGGAGAUAAAAGAAAUUGAUAUUAUUAUUAUUUCUAAAGCACAGCACAGUACAAUAGGUGGUCUAACAGACAGGUAUGUGCAGCAAUGACAAGUUGGAAGUACAGGAACAGAGGGUGCUGAUGGUCUUGCUCAAACGAGCUUUCAUUAGGGGGAAUGGAAUGGAAUAAAGUGGCACAAGAGGUAUGGGUAGGAUAUAUUAUUGUAUGGGAAGAGUAUGUUGCUAGAAGAGUUUACCAUAGUUAUAUUAUAAGAGUUUAUAUAAAAAUACCACCUGUGUAUAUGCUAAAUUGUUAUAAAAUAAAACAUUUGCGCUUGUGUGAAAGUGGACAAUAGUGCUAUUGUUAUAUUGCUAUUGUUAUAUAAUAAUAGCAUGUGAUUUAAUAUGUAUCCAAAUUAGACUGUGCAUAGGUGGAGCUAGCUGAGUAUGUCACAAUCAAUUUUUUAUCAGCAUAGCUAUUGACAUUGGGAUGUUUGAGAUCGGGAAAUAGGGGCAGGCCUUGAGGCAUUACCAAUGACGCAACGCAAGUCAUUGAUGACACCGAAUGCUCAGUCUCAGCUAAUCAUCAUAUUUUUUUUUAUCAUUCAUCUUUUAACAUGCCAAUUAGUGAUGUCCCGAACGGUUUGCCAAACGGUUCGCCACGGAUGGCGAACAUAUGUGCUGUUCGGUCCGCCCCCUAUUCGUCAUCAUUGAGUAAACUUUGACCCUGUACCUCACAGUCAGCAGACACAUUCCAGCCAAUCAGCAGCAGACCCUCCCUCCCAGACCCUCCCACCUCCUGGACAGCUCACUAAGAAUGCAGCUUCACAAUGAAUGUAAAAUGGAUGCUGGGAGAGAGGUGGGAGGGGCUGGGAGGGAGGGGCUGCUGCUGAUUGGCUGGAAUGUGUCUGCUGACUGUGAGGUACAGGGUCAAAGUUUACUCAAUGAUGAUGAAUAGGGGGCGGACCGAACAGCGCAUAUGUUCGCCGUCUACAGCGAACCGUUUGGCGAACCGUUCGGGACAUCACUAAUGCCAAUAUAUUUUUUUAUUAUCAUACUUUAACAUGCCAAUAGAUUUGUAUUUAUUGCAACAAAAACUGGGGGGCAUUGCCACACCUUCCCUACUGACCAGCAUACUUAAUAACACCAUAUGUCACUCAAAUGUUCACGUACAUAAAAGAAAUGGAACUGCCAAGUAAUUAUAGUGAAGUUUAUUGUUCUAUAUGCAUAUCAGUGGUAUAUCGUCUAAGGCAAUCUAUAUCUAUUGUAAAGCAGUACAGUUUGUAGGUCUCCUAUAAUUACGGUGUAUAUACCAACAGUUUUGUAUGCAGGGAUAUUUUUUGUUUUCCUGUAUAAUUUCCUUACAAAGUAUGGGAAAACCUUUAAUGAUACAAUAUAAUAAUUACAAAACUUUGAAGAUUAAAAAUGGCAAUCCUUGCUACAAUGAAGAAGUGUUUCUUUUGUUCAUUGUGAGUGAGCGUUUAUCUGUUUUCUUUUUUUUUUUGCUUACGAAGAACAAUUGGUGCAAGCUUGUGCGUGAUGGCAGAUACCCAAACAGCUUAAUCAAACAAUAAGGUGUUAUUUGGUAUCACGCCCAGCAUAUUGAUGUGACAUAAAGGUCAAUGGUUUGUCAUCGUACCUAUUGGUACAAUACCGCUACCAAUACAAAUUCAAGUAAAAGUGCAUAUGUUGCUUUACAGGAAGUGUUUUGUCAAAAACAAAUAUUGGUGUGUGUCUAUGUAUAUAUUCUAAAUUACAAUUUAAAGGAACAGACAGCACUGACAAUAUUUCUAAUACAAAACAAAGCAAAGUCUCUGGUUUACAUUAACUAUAUAAAUAUUGUAUAAUAAAAUCAGAUGAAUAAAACCAUAUCCUCACCGUUUGAUUUAUUACUUAAUUAUUAAUAGUCCACUGCGGAAAUUAAACGUGUUACCUAAAAUCCAGUUAUCCUCUUGUUGACAUUAAAUCUAUCAUACAGAUAGGCUGAAUAUAAAAAUAUAAAACAGAAGUGUUGAUUACCAGGAGAACGAGGAUAUCAACAUCCGAUCUUCGAGCCCCUGGAUGUUUUUCUGGCCUCUUGACGGUGGCUUGCUGUAAAGUUGAUAUUAAGAGCCAUUACUAAACAAAAUAUAAAUGUAAAGUAUUACAAAGCAGUGUAAUUACAAUCCGUAUGAAAAGAAACAAUAUAGAGGUUGGCUUACCACUUGAAAUCAUGACCAUGAGUCUACGUUCAUGACAUUCCAUGUUGGAUCAAAGCAUAUUCAUAAACUAUAUCAUUAAUAUUAAUUGUAGCUAUAAUAAAAUUUGAAAGAAAAGAUGCUUGUCUAACAGAAAAGUUGCUUGGUCACAUUAAUAAUAACACAGUUGCAUUAUGGAACUAUGGGAGAAAUUAUAGAGUGUAGAGGCAAUAGUAUGAACUACUCUAUCUAGGUAUUCUCUGCAAUGCUCUAUGCCUGUAGGAAGAGUCAAAGUUUCCAUGAAGAAAUGGGGGCAUUGGCAGAUAACCAUCGCAUUUAUCCUACGACAAGAUUUCUUUGGACACAGAAGUACUUUUGUGAGUUUUGUGUGGCUGUCUCUGAGCAAUUCACAGUUUCAAACAUAACUUAUUUGCAAAAUAUGCCAAUUAAAUUGCGGUGACAUUUAAGAUGCACAUUUCUCAAAAGAGUAAGAAGAAGUAAAACUAAAUAGCACAUAUCAUACAAAAAGGGCACAAUUACCAUUUGGCCUCUUUUUAACUUAUGCAUCUACUGUUGUGAUAAAAAACUAAAUUGGCCUCAGUAUACACCUGUCAGUUCAGAAAGAAACAUAUUCACAAAGACUAUUUAACAACAUCAUAACAACAUAAGAAGAGUGGGUCUUAUCACACAUGUGAAUAUAAACGUGCCAUCAUUAGGUUCACAUUUCAAAGGCUUCAUCCCUCCACAAUAUGAGCUGCUUCCAAACUGGCAUAGCUCCUCUCUGGCCGUUCAUUACACAACACUGUGAUGAGUGCAUUUAGAUAACCAUUCUCAACAUGUUUUGCCUUAGGACUUUGUCAAAAUUGUUAAAACCAAGCCUUUUGCCAAGAAAUGAGAGAGAUGGGUUGCUUCUUAAUAAACUUUUUUCGAAAGCAAAGAGGGCUGGGUCUGUAGAACCAGUAGCUAAUGGCCACUACACACAUUGAAAUGUUAUCGUAAGAAUGAGCAACUUUCCUCUACUUGCAAGUCACAAUAGUAGAUAAGACAAUGAAAAAUUAUCUUUUCCUUUCGCUACCGGUUGCGAGCUGUCUUAGUUUUCUAUUUAGCCUUGAAGGAAUUUAUUGUGUAAAGGGGUUUGUAUUUCCUGGAAAAUACAACAAGAAAAAAAUAUCAGCUAUGACAAAAUAGAAAAUUAUAUAUAUAUAUAUAUAUAUAUAUAUAUAUAUAUUAUAUUUAAGCCUUAAGCCAUAUCUUGCAAGCAAUAUAAAGAUAUAGGACAAAUACCGCAGCACUAUAUUAAUUAUUUGCACUAGAAUCCUCUACCAUCCAGGAUCUAGACAUAUCUUUGCCAAACAAACUCACUGUGUGGGAACAGAAAGUAUUAUAUGUACCUCUUUUUGACAUUAUUGUAAAGGACCAAACAACACCAAAUGGAUAUGUUUAAUAUAAUAAAAUCUCAUCUUAACUACCAAUGUGAGACUGAAUUGCUAACUGGUAUUAUGGAACACUUCAAUGACAGAAAGAGUUGUGGCUGCUUGUUCUGCAGUGGGGAAUGAAUGUAUGAAAUGCGUUGGUGAUAACGUGAUAACUCUAGCACUGAAAUGGUUAAGAAUGCUUGGAAUAAACACAAAAUGUUUGUCAAGACUGCUUUUUCUGAUAUGUUUUAAAAAUAGACGCAUCUCUAGUGUUAACAAAAAUUUAUAUACGAUUUUUUAGCUUUUAUAGUGAUUUUGAUACACAGAACUCUCUACUUUUCAUGAAACGGGAAUUUUGCAUUUCUUCUGAAUGUAUCACAUUGAAGCUAUUUAUUUAAUAUGCUAUAAAGUAAUUUAUGAACAGAGCAACACAGUAAAUAUAUAUAUAUCUCAAGAGAGAAAUGAAUGUAGUCUCCCAAAUGAUACGUUUGCCUUUUAUCACAUAUUGAUGCAUCGCUCUCCUACUGAUGCCCAUGAUGACUUUUUUCGCAGUUUGUAUAUCUCUUACCAAAUGUGGAAUCUACCAAUCUAGGAUGGUAGAUUCCAGCAAAGGAAAAAGGAAAAAAACAUAUUUUUUUUGUAAAUUGUAAGAUUACUUUUUGAGCACAAUUUGUCAUUUGUAAUAUGUAAAAAACUGUAUUCGUUUAGAGUAAACCUUGCUGUUCUGAUACGUACAUCGAAAUACAUUUAAAAAGAAAAUAAAGCUAAAAAUUACAUUGGUUCCAGUGCAAAGGCCAGAAUCUCCCUGCAGCUUGGUCCUCCGAUGAGGUCAUUCUAAAUUACCUGUGACUCCAUGCCGUCAUUGGAUGCCUAUCUCCAGCAUGCUGUGUCAGAUGUCCAAUAUGCAUAGAAUUAACAUUAGCCACCAGUAACUAUUGCCCUGCACUGCUUACGAUGCCCCAAUGAUGCUGUAGGCCCCAAUGUAUGUCCAGUGUUUCAUUAAAAUGCUGCACUUACAGACUCCUGGCAACCAUGACCACUUCAAAUCACUAAAGUGGUAAUUGUACUAGGAAUAACUCUUUCAUAUUUUAAAACAUCCCUUGUAAUGGAUUAAUUAAACUUGACUGUGGCAUAACAUAAUUGUCUGUUCGGACACCCUAAAUGUAACAGUCAGUGCUGACAUAUUUAUGCCAACAAUACUGCACCAAGGGUGCAUUAUGUCCCUGAUAAAAACAUUUCCCUAAAUAAACUGAUUUAAUCAAUAGAUGAGAAGCCACAUUCUGGUGGCUUGGUGACCUGUGUUGUUUCAAAUUCCCCAAAUGUUAAAAGUGUGAAAACCAUAGACAACCGGACAUGACAUUGAUACCAUUCCUUCCCCUAGUUUUUCCAUCUUUUUAUUUUAGGUCCUUCUACCUGGGGGUCAAGUGUAUGGGAGCAAAGCGUUGUAUCUCUGUCACCCUCUGUAACUAUAUAUACCCCACUAAUUAAUGGGCUGAAAGGAGAGGGAGCGGGAAAUAGUUAAAUGUACAUUAGAAUGCACAAAUUAUUACACUUUUAUUCCAAGAAGCACAUAGACUAUUAGUGAGCGCCAUGGGUUGAGUUUGAGAAUGCCUUAAUCCAAAAGAUCCAUUAUAAACAAUUACAACAGCGUUUAAACAUUGAAGUGGGAAUUGCUGAGAAUUAACUGGGGAAUUGUAAAAUUUAGGACAAAUAAGUUAAAUUGGAAACAUUCCUCAGUUCAGAAUUCCCCUUUUUAGUGAAGGGUGUUUCCAUCACUGUUGCAAAUUCCAAUAUACUUUUACAUUAGAUAUAUUCAUUAUUAGUUAUUGAAUUAAAAUAAAAUGCAGUCAUGCCUUUCUGAGUUUGAAUUUGUGUAAAAGCAGUAUACGUUGUCACAUAAACUGUUCUAUGCUGAUAAGCUGGUGUAUGUGCAGCAAAGACAACGAUAGUGUGUCAGCAUUAGUGUCCUAGAAAGAUAGCAGCUCGAUAUAUUCCUUACUCAUCCUGUUAUGUAUUUUAGUUAUUGGCUAUAUUUUAUCUUUUUACUCCGCCUGGCAACUCAUAGGGGUUUAUUCGCUAAAGUCUGAUUUGUAGCAAAUUUACACUCAAAUGGGAAAAUUUAAGCUAAAACAAUCAUCUUGCAAUAUGGCCUCUAGUGAAUUCAGAUUAGAUAAUUUUGCCUUAAUUUUGUCAUUAGGAUUUUAGUUCACUGCAAUUUACUGUUUUUUGUAAGACUAAUAACAGAUAAUGAAAUGUUAGGACUGCCAUUUAACCCCUUAAGGACCAAACUUCUGGAAUAAAAGGGAAUCAUGACAUGUCACACAUGUCAUGUUUCCUUAAGGGGUUAAAAGACAGAGUGUACCUUUGUCGCUUGCUAUCGAACAAUCCCACAUUUCUCUAAGCUUAUUACUGAUGGAAGAGAAUCCAUUAACUCAUGAACUUAGAAAGGAAAUCUGAGCAAUGCUUGCUGUGGCGAGGUUGCAACUCCCAUCAUACUCAGUACACCCUAGCAUAGAAUAUGAUUGUAUUAAUUUCUUAGAAUAAAAACAUUCUACUACACAGUAGAAUUUGAAAGCAUGUUAGUGUGUCGUAUAUUUUAUAACAUAUUAUGUUUUACGUCAUGUUAAUAAAGUAUACUGUCAGCACUAGGCAAUCCCUCACAGCAUUUAUACAGUUUUGCCAUAGGCCAUUGAGGGCCAGCAUUUGGCACUCCAACUUCUGUGGACUACAAUACCCAUAAUCCCGAGCAGGCAAAUGGAUAGCUAGGAGCCGUGGGGAAUACAGUACGUAACAAAGGGCUAGACAUCACUGUCCAAAACUAUUUUACUUAAUAAACAAAAUGAAUAUUAUUUGUAAAAUCCCCAAUAGGGUGACUUGACCUCCCUUUUAAUUAUCCAAUUGUUCUGAACGAUACAAAUAAUCAGAGGGAAAGCUAUUUUAUGUGUAAUGUAAUUUUUUAAGUACUUAGGUCUUGAUGUUAAUCUUACAUGAAUUAAAUUAUGUAUAUAUAUAUAUAUAUAUAAAAAUAUACAAAUAAAUAUAUAUUGCAUUGCUUUGUAACUGACUGUUAAGUGACACAUCACAUCACAAUGCAAUACAGUGCAUGAUAAAACCACAUCUGUUCAGUUUUAUCCUUUAAAUAUAUAUAUAUAUAUAUAUAUAUAUAUAUAUAUAUAUAUAUAUAAACCAUAUUUUUGUACAAUGUUUAAACAAUGUGCAAAUGAUCCAAACUGUAAAUAGUUGAGUGAAUACAGACCGUAUAAUUAACCUGUGGAGAAAUGUUGACCAUCCCAAUUUACAAUCUGCACUAAAUAAUGCAUUAUUAAAGUAUUAUAUUUCAAUAUAUUUUAAGAUUCUUGUGCAGGAGAAAACUGGACCUAACGUUUAAAAUAUUCUUAGUCAUUUGAGUAUCAGUGGAUUACAAGAGAACGCAUGCAGGGUUAACAGUGUUAAAAAAAGCUCUAAUGAUGUAUUUAAGGAGAUUGGAUUGAGACAGAUGUCACAAUUAAUUUAACUAAUUAAAAAUGAUUCACUAAACCUUAGCUGACAGGGAAGGAAUAGACACUUAAUGGGUCAAUGGUCUCUUAAGAGUUUAUUAAAAGAGCAUGUAGAGAUCUACAGUUGCUCCUCCAUUAACACAUGAAGUCUAAUCGUUUGUUUGUUCUGGGAUUACAGUUCUUAGAGGAGGACCUGUUGAUGGAACCUACCGAUUGAAGCAGUUCCACUUUCACUGGGGAUCCUGCGAUGGACACGGCUCCGAGCACACUGUCGAUGGAGUUAAAUACGAAGCAGAGGUAAGGAAGCUUGACAUGCUGAUUCGAGUUCCAACUACUAAUAUUUCAUCUUAUUGUUGCCAUUGUUUCUAUGACAACAGUACUAUCCUGUUAAAAGUAUAUACUGAUCAUGAUAUCAUAAACACCAGAGACACUUGAUAAUACAGCGAGUAGCUAGCUCAACGGUAGGCAGCCUACCACUCCAGAUGUUUUUGAACUAUAUUUCCCCUGAUACUCUGCCAGCAUUAUGGUUGUAAGUGGAUUAUGGGAGAUGUAGUCCACAACAUCUAUAGUUCUGAAGGUUGCCUGCCCCUGAUCGAUUUGAUAGUGGUACAGUGUGCACAUGAUUGGUUUUGAUGCAGAGCUGGGGCUGAUAGUGAUACGGUGAUCACCUGGACUGAAAGUGAUAAUCAGAUUACCUAGACUAAGGGUAGACAACCUAUGGAACUCAGGAUGUUUUAGACUACACCUCCACUGAUGCUUUACCAGCAUUAUGGCUAUAAGAGCAUCAUGGGUUAUGUAGUCCACAACAUGUAGUACCGUAAGGUUGCCUACCUCUGAGGUCCUAGAUCAGGCUUCCCCAAACUCCGGCCCUCCAGAUGUUGGUGAACUACAACGCUUUCUAUGAAUGAAAUACAACGAUUCUAUGAAUUAAAUAGAUAGGCUGAUAAUCAUGGGAGUUGUAGUUCAGCAACAUCUGGAGGGCCGAAGUUUGAGGAAGCCUGUCCUAGAUUGAUAGUGAUACAGUAAGCACUUGGAUAAUUAGCGAUACAAUGAUUGACCAGAAUCCUCCUGAUACAGUGAUUAUUUGGACCUAUUUUUUUCAGUUAGUGGAAUCGAGCCAUUAAAAAAAUAAAAAAUAAAAUCAUAAAUUGAAAAAAAAAAAUCCAAAUCUUAUUUCGAUACCCAGUCCCAGAAAGUGCUAUAAUAGUAUUGCAAAAAACACCAGAGCUGAAGUAGCAUGGUUCUUUAUAAUUUUUCUGUUGUGGCUUAUGUGCCUAACACUGCUGUUUGUCAAUAACUAACACUGUAUUUAUAACUCAGCGAUUUUAUUAUAUGUUAUUAACAGCUGCACUUGGUUCACUGGAACACAAAAUACGCCAGUUUUGGUGAAGCUGUGAAACACUGCGAUGGGCUGGCAGUAGUUGGUGUUUUUCUCCGGGUAAGCAAACAAAUUGCACAAUUUAUCUUUCAUUUCUUUAUUUUGACUAGGCUAUAUUUAAACAUAGCAUCUCUCUCUGAAAGGGUAGGUUGAGGGAACACAUAUAUAUUUAAUGCUUCUACAAAUUCCUCUCCCUGCAGUAGCUUUCAACAUUUAAUCAGAUGGCUGUUUGAUGUCUCUUUUAUUGUGUGUGUUUAGCUCUUAACCCUUAAUGUGCUGUGAGAUAUUAUAUUAUUCUCAUGUGAAAAAAAUAAAUGUGGGGUAAAAAGGUUUGUGUUUAUAGAGAUUAUGAACACACCAAUAAUUAUGAAACUACAUGCAUUUUGUAACUAUUUCCUGCAAAAUUCAGAAGGAUAUUUCAACAGUUUUUUAUAAAUGCAUUUUUAAGAUGCAAACACUUUACAUUCAGUGACCUGGCAGGGGUCCUGUUUAUUAUUGCCGUCUGCAGUGCAGAUUUCUAAUUCAGUAUUCGAGGGCAGCAGUUCUGUCAGUUAUGAUUGCAUUUCUCUGAUAAUCUGAUUAUGAUGCAAUUAAACAAUUAAGCUAGUGCAGGGGAAGCCUUGCAUUUCCAUGGAUUGCAGAGCAGAACGACCAUAAACAAACUGCUUCUUCUGGAUAAUGCCCAGGGCUUUUCAAAGGGGGCUUAUUAAUUUAACUGAAACAUUUCAAACGGGUUAAUACAUUUUAUGGAGAUAACUAUCAAUUGUGAUAUUAAGAAAUAAAAAUAAAUAGGCUGAGUUAUAUGUUUGUUUUAAGUUAACUAUGUUUAGCAUGUGUUGUAAGACAAUUGUCAAUUCAGAAAAAUUCACUUUUAGAGAAUAAGCUCCAAAUUAAUACACUAUGUUGAGCUCAAUCUCCACUGAGCCUCACCCACUUUUACAGUAAGUGCUAAAUAGUAAUGAUGUUAAGUAAAGUUCAGCAAAAGCAGGAUAGCUUCUUAAUGGCUUCCCUGAUUAAAGUAAAACAUCAGCUAUGUACAAAACAUGUGAUUGUGACUUAAGGCUGGUUACUCAAGAGUAAUUAUCAGUAAUUAUUUGAAAAAUACCUGAAAGACUGCGUAACCACAGGAGACCCAGGGAUCAAUCUAUUUCCAAACUCCCUUGUAUAUUAGUUUGGGUAUAAUAAUAAUGAGCCCUCCUGCCCUUUUACCAUCCUCGUGCCUGUGGUACUGGGCCAAUACGGCAAAGAAACUGACUUGUUUGACAAGUGUAACCCAAGACUGCAAUUGUUAAUUAAUAUUAAUCAGAGAAUAGAAAUGGAACAGGUACUAGUCUACACACACUUGUCUACAUGAAAAUGCUUGUUCUUGGGUAGAACAUUGGCUUAAAAACAGAGUACAAAGAGUUGUCAUUAAUGGUAAAUUUUCCAGCUGGACAGAGGUGGCAAGUGGUGUCCCUCAGGGGUCUGUUCUGGGACCCCUACUAUUUAACAUAUUUAUAAAUAAUCUUGAAGACAGCAUUGAAAGUCAUGUUUCAGUGUUUGCAGAUGACACAAAACUUUGUAAAAUAAUGCAAUGUGAGCAAGAUAUUACUUUGCUGCAGAGGGAUUUAGAUAGACUGGGGGUCUGGGCACUCAAAUGGCAGAUGAAAUUUAAUGUUGAAAAAUGCAAAGUUAUGCACUUCGGCCUAAAGAAUACACAAGCAACGUAUACCCUUAAUGGAAGCGAAUUAGGGAUAACAACACACAAAAAGGACUUGGGAAUUGUUAUAGACAACAAGCUAUGCAACAAUGUGCAAUGUCAAUCAGCAGUGGCCAAGGCCAGUAAGGUAUUGUCAUGUAUGAAAAAGGGCAUUCAUUCCCGGGACGAGAAUAUCAUUUUGCCUCUUUAUAAAUCACUGGUAAGACCCCAUAUUGAAUAUGCUAUGCAAUUUUGGGCACCUGUUCUAAAGAAGGAUAUUAUGGCACUAGAAAAAGUGCAGAGGCGGGCUACAAAAUUAAUAAAAGGAAUGGAACAUAUCAGCUAUGAAGAAAGGUUAACAAAUUUAAACCUAUUUAGUUUACAAAAACAUCGCCUGAGAGGGGAUAUGAUAACAUUAUACAAAUAUAUUCGGGGCCAAUACAAACCAUUGUGUGGAAAUCUAUUCACAAACCGGACUUUCCAUAGGACACGAGGCCAUGCGUUUAGACUGGAAGAAAGAAGAUUUCAUCUAAGGCAAAGGAAAGGUUUUUUUUUUACUGUAAGAACAAUCAGGAUGUGGAAUUCUCUGCCUGAAGAAGUGGUUUUAUCAGAGUCCAUACAGAUGUUCAAACAGCUACUAGAUGCAUACUUGCAAAAUCAGAAUAUUCAAGGUUAUAAUCUUUCAAUGUAGGGUAAUAACUGCUUGAUCCAAGGAUAAAUCUGACUGCCAUUCUGGGGUCAAGAAGGAUUUUUUUUCCUAGCUUGUUGCAAAAUUGUGCUUCAAACUGGGUUUUUUUGCCUUCUUUUGGAUCAAGAGCAAAAAAACAAACGUGAGGAAGGCUGAACUUGAUGGACGCAAGUCUCUUUUCAGCUAUUUAACUAUGUAAUAGCAUGAACGAGGUGGGUCAGACUAGCACAUUUCAAAGUUCUCUGUGUACAUCACAGUCCUGCUUGGAUCUGGGACUUGCAAUUUAGUUAUCCACUUUCUACUUUUGAAAGCUCUUUGCUGAACGUGUACAGAAUGUGAAUUGAAUGUGUACAGUAAUAAGCAAGAAGAAAGCAUUUUAGAACAGAGGUGAUGUACCGGAGAGGCAUGUUAAGAUGUAGAAUGCUGCAAAACGUUUUUUAUUUUUAAAAAACAAUACAAUAAAUUGGGCAUUGAAAAAACAAUACAAAAAGCUGUAAAAUGCGUGAAGUUUUGCACUGAGCGUCGAUAAAGCAUUAAAAAACUGGUGCAACAUAAAUUGAAAACAUAAACUGAAAACAGUGCAAACAAAUUGGUCUGCAUACAUAUCAGUGGCUGAAAAGCAAUCUUCAGCUGUAAGGUAACGGCCAAGAGUGUCAUUGUGAGGCUUAUGUGCAUGUGUUCAGUAGAAAAUGAAAAUAUAUGGAAAAUCUUACAAGUUGGUGGGAUCCUCCAAGAGCUGUUUGGAAAUGCAAACAGAUAAUUAUGUAUAUGUAUAUGUAUCUGUAGAGCAUGACUCAAGAAAAUUUCAUUUCCUAUCAGUUGAGUGGGGCUAAUUGCCUAUAAUAUGAUGCUGUUUGUCCACUGCUUCAAUUGUUUUUUUAAUUACCCAUUUUUGUUAGCUGUAAAUAGUCAAUUCAGCAUUGAUGUUAUAACUAUGUUAAAAACGAUAGUUUGAUACACCUUUAUUCUCACAAUAAAAUAAAUACAUUCAUAAAUCAACAAUGCAAUGAAACAUACGAAUCAGAAAAUAACUGAUUGAUAUAUUAUCCUUUGUGUAUUAUUUGUAUAUUUCAGGUAGGAGACAAAAAACCUGAAUUGCAGGAGGUGAUCAACGCCUUAAAACUUAUUCCAAAUAAGGUGAGCAUUUAGUGUUCUAUAUAUAAAUUUUUAGUUAAACUAGAAAUUGUUAUAUUGAAUUUAUUAUUAAUGUUAUUACUGUUAAUCACUAUGCAUUUUUAAUCCAUUAGGGAAAGGAAGCCGCUUUCACUGAUUAUGACCCGUCCGGCCUGCUGCCAAACUCUUUGGAUUUCUGGACCUAUAAGGGUUCUUUAACCACUCCACCACUCCUUCAGUGUGUUACUUGGAUUCUCCUUAAAGAGCCAAUCAGUGUUAGCUCUCAACAGGUGAGUUUAAAUUAACUUUAAAGUAACACUACAUGUAUUGAAAGAGAUUGAAAAACAUAUAGGAAGACGAUGUAAUUAAACAAGAAUCAGCCUUACUUGGUUAAAAGGUUACUUUAAGCACCAUGACCACUUCAGUGAUAUGAAGUGGUCAUGGUGCCUGGAGUCUGUAUGUGCAGUGUUUUGCUAUGAACCCCACUGCAUUUUGCUAUUAACUCCACUGCUGUCAGAGAUGUAAUUCCACCUCUGGCAGUGUCAUUGAGGUAUUAUGAGGCAGUCCGGAACAAGAGCACAAUGUGAGUUUUGUGCAAAACUGGUGUCUGACACAUGCUGGUUCCAGAAAGCCAAUUGCAGCACCCCCUUCCCUCCUGUGCAGCUCGUGUCCUCCAUUCAGUCCCCUCUCCUUGACAUCUCUCCCCUUUCGGCAAGGCUGUGUGAUAUCCGUGGAGGAAGAAUGGGCUGCAGAACGUGAUCUCAAUGGAAUAGAGGUAAAUCCUCACCCUGAAGAGCAGCCCAAUCGGCGAAAUGCGCAUCGGGGAUCCACUAUCCACUCCAGGUCAGCCUGCAGACUCCUUUCUGACAGAUCCUGAUAGCCAACGUGCAAUCUUCACGUGUAUCACAGCUUACUUUCUCUGACCACAUUCUUCAGCAGCGAACCGACCCAGGUGGUUAGAUUUUUGGGCGUUCUGUCCCAUACUGACUGAUAGAAUCUUUUUAUCUCUCGACAUAUAGGUGCCCUUGAAGGCCUUCAUUAGUAAACCUUUUCAGCAAAAUUAGACCUCUUGUAUUUAGAGACAGAUAGUCUUUAUUCAUCUAUCUAAAUAUAAGUGCCCUGAAAGGCACAGAUCAAGUUACCUUUUGUGAGCAGAAUUACUUUUCUGACUUUUUUAUAACACAAUUGACUCUGGUAUUCUGCUAGUCAUUGGUGCAGCGAAUCAGUGACAGCUAGACCUAGCCUUAUGAUAUAAGCAUAGGUGCCCAAGAAGGCACAGAUUCGUUUUGUGAUUACUCAGCCUGCCAUUUUUAUCAAUAUUACCAUAACUACUUCUGUUUACUCUUUACCAACAGUCCUCUUUGGACUUCACUCCUCACACUCUGAGUAGCUGUUAAAACAGAGACGAAGCACUGUUUAGCCGAGGGUUGCCACUAGCACAGCAUAGCUAUCAUUUUCAUGGCACACUAUGUUAUAUACCUUCAAUGUUAGCUACAUUUUGCUCUGAUUGUCCAAAGGAUACUAUUCUCCACAUUGUUGCCAUUGAGCUCUGUUUUCAACUACCCCACUUACACCCUGGAGUAACUUUAGUAUCUAUACAUAUUUAGCAUUUUUCCCUUUUUGUAGCAAUGUAUAUAUUGGAAAUGUAUAACUUAUUAUUUUGUAUUUCGAUUUUAUUUACUAGUGUGGUUAAGUCCUCUCUCCAUCUAGUGGUUAUACAAAAACCUUGUAUACCUUUUUGAUUAUCUAUCAUAUUAAAAGUUACAUAUUAAUUACUAAUUUACCUGGGCUAAGAACCUCCUCUUCUCUUUUCGUGGAAUAGAGGUAAGUUUUAGAUCUUUUUGCUUUUUUUUUUUUUGAGUGACCAUUAUAGGAAGAGCUACUUUGUAGUCGGACUAAAAACAGUAUUGGAGUAACCGUUUACUAUACAUGCUUCCUUUUUUCAUUAUUUCAAUAACAGGAUUCAGCAAUUGGUCGUGUUUCAAAACACAUGCCUUUGGCGCAGUCCUUAUUGAUAAGCACUUAAAAAUAUAGAGAUGUGGUCAAAAGAUGUGGUCACUGUUUCCAUUCUGUAAUAAAAAAUUAUUCUUACAAAGUAGUCGCCUACACAGACAACUGCGCAAAAAAAACCCCAAACAAUGCCCAACUUUUGCUAUGGAAUGUUUCAAAUGGAAUAUUGUAGAAGUUGACCCCAAGGUUCAUGUUCAGAGGAUCAAUAGCUCUUCAAACUUUUAUAUCAUAUUGAAUUUAUAUUAUCCUAGGAAACAUUAUCAAUCCAUUUCAUACGUUUCAUAUUCUGAAUACUUGUUUCAUUUUAUUUCCGUUUUAUAAACAUUACAUGUGUUUUUGAUUAAAUAUGAGAACAAGUCUUAAUUGUUAGAGAUAAUUGCUCAUAAAAUCACAUUUUUCUAUAAAUGCUAUAACUGCAACUCAACUGUUUAUGUCAUUAUAAAUAUGUCCAUUUCUAACUCUGUGAUAUAACUGCAAUAUGUUAUCAAUACUUUAGCAUGAUAUAGAUCAUCAGCACACAAAUUGGAGACAAUAUCGGUAUAUACUACAACGGGAAAGGUCUUGUUGAUAUACUGGAGACCAAAACAGUUCAUGUGUGAUAUUGAAAAUGGAAAUUGCAUCUUUUUCUUUCUGUUUGUUUUUAGAUUUCAAAGCUCCGAGGCCUUUACUUUAAUGAUGAAAACGAAGACCCAUGCCACAUGGUGGACAACUUCCGUCCACCACAACCACUGAAGGACAGAGAGGUCAGGGCCUCAUUCCAUUAGGAAAAGCCAAUUUAUUCUCUGUUUUGUCAUCAGCUGUAGAACCAACUUUAACUUUGAAUUAUCUCUAGCUUUCCAAACUGGGAGAUUUUUUUUCCUAGCUGAGAGUCAUAAUCCUUUUUCUCUCUAAGCAUUUAAUUCUUCUGCUUAAUGAAAUGUGAAAGUCUGCUGACAGGCAAAUCAGUCAUAAUGUGAGAUUCACUUUAAAGCUUAGAAAACUCUGCAAUUACAUUUAUUCUACUGCAAAUCAAUGCUGCAUUAUAGGAAAAAAAGCCUUUUCCGAUAGUUUAUAUAGAUUUUAGUUUUGUCUCAAAUGAGGAAAAAACUUGAAGUACAUACAUAUUCUAUAUAUAAAUAUAGAUAUAUAUAUAUAUAUAUAUAUAUUAAAUAAUGUGAACUGACACUUUAAAAUUGCACCAACUUAUUUCAGAGAAAAUAAUUUUAACAGAGGUG